AUGGCUUCAAACAAUGGAAGUGCUGCACCCGUCGCUGCCGUACCGCUGCCACCGAGGUCGACAAUCAAGACGAAGCCACCCGUCUGGCCCUUGGAUGAGGCAUCGUCCCUGCAUCCGACACCUUUGCCUUCAAAAUGCGCUCGCAACUCCCGAGCCGGUGGCGUCUGUUGCAAAGAGCUGAAAGACGACGACGAGCGGACGCUCAUCGACCCAGAUGUUGUCCGGGAUGUCAUCAUUGGUCUUUCGGAUGGGCUCACCGUUCCGUUCGCGCUUACCGCUGGUCUAUCGUCCCUUGGCGAAUCGCGCCUCGUCAUUCUCGGCGGCGUUGCAGAAUUAAUCGCUGGUGCGAUAUCCAUGGGCAUUGGUGGAUUCCUCGCUUCUCAAGCCGAGCGUGACCACUACCGGUACCUCAAGCACCAUACUGCUGCCCGGGUCAUCCGAAGCUGUGAAGGAGAAAUGGAACGCGAAGUGCGAGAUGUUCUUGGGCCCAUUGGUGUAGACGACAAAACUUGUUCUGCUGUGGCGAGGUGUUUGCGAGAUGUUGAGGUUGUCGAAACGGACGAUGCUGGAACGGUGAAUGGGGCCUCGAGUCGUGUCCCUGAUGAGGAAGAAGGGAAACUACGCUGGAGUUCUGAUGUGGGAUUAACAGCUUUCUUGCUUAAAUUCGGUCUUGGUUUGGAGGAUAUUCCUACCAUUCGUCUCUAUGCAUCUGCGUUCACAAUCGGCUUGGGUUAUCUCGUCGGCGGCUUGAUCCCUCUCUUCCCAUACUUCUUCAUUCCACGCGCACACAUUGCCCUCAUGUAUUCCUGCCUCUUCACCGGUAUCAUCCUCCUCAUAUUUGGCGCAAUUAAAGCCCGUGUAACUGGCGCUGGCCAAGGUGUCAAGGGCUACGUGUGGGGUGCAGUCAGUACACUGAUGGUCGGCGGAUUGGCGGCUGGCGCAGCGUUUGGAAUAGUGAAGAUGCUGGAAGGAUGA